UUCCACUUCAUUUUUCCAAUGAGCAUCAGCGCUCGAAUCAGCCGAAACAAAGUGACACCUCAUCCCUCCAGCAAGCCGCCAACAUGGGGGAAGUAAAAACGCCCAGACAGUGGUUCUUGUGGAGCAUUGCACUUGUUUACGUGUGUGCUUUUGCGUCCAUCUACGUUCAAAUACCAGGGUUGUAUGGAGACGAUGGUAUUCUCCCUGUGCGCCUGCAGAUGCCCAAAGUGCAGCGGCCCCUGCUGGAGCAGCUCCAGGCCUCGCCGUCCAUUCUGUGGCUGGGACCGUCUCUGGGUCUGGCGCCCCAGCAUGUCCUGGAGCUCAUAUGCCUGGUUGGGGUAGCACUAGCCCUGGGAGCCGUCCUGCUGUGGCCACAGAGAGACAGUCUAAUCUACCUCUGCCUCUGGGCCCUCUACCUCUCACUCUAUAAUGUCGGUGAGGACUUCCUUCACUCUGAAUGGGAUACGCUGCUGUUGGAGGCUGGGUUUCUGGCUGUGCUUGUAGCUCCGCUGGGUUUGCUGCGCCGUCAGUCGUCUUACAGCUAUCAUGACCCUGUGACCUUCUGGUUGACCCGCUGGCUGUUCUUCCGGCUGACCUUCUGCACAGGUGUGAGUAAGCUGGCCAGCGGCGACCCUGCGUGGUAUGACCUCUCAGCACUGAGUCAUCAUUUGGAGAACCAGAUGAGUCCCACUCCAUUGGCCUGGUACGUCCAUCUGCUUCCUGAUUGGUUGCUGAGAUUCGAAUCGGUGGUUCUGUUGCAGAGCGAGAUCAUCGUUCCUCUCGUGACGUUCUUUGCUCCCAUUCGCCGCUUGAGACUGUUUGGCUUUUAUGUUCAGCUGUUUCUCCAGCUCUUCUACAUCCUCACUGGUAACUGCAGCCUUCUGAACCUGCUGAGCAUCGCCCUGAGCUUCUCGUUACUGGAUGAUGAUCAUUUCAACUCCAAUACCAGUCCAAAGAAGAAGAAGGGCCAGGACAAAAAGCCUAAAGGCUGGGGACAGACUUUGUUCUCUAUUUUGACGCUGCUGGUGGAGUUUGCUGUCUACCUGUUCAUCCUGUACUGCUUUAUUGCUCUCUUUAAGAUACAGAUUAAUUGGGAAGAAAAAACUCUGUCAUCCAAAACAAAUUUCACUCAAAGGAGUUUUGAUGCAUAUCUGGAGGUUUUUCAGGAGCUCACUAUCUGGGUUGGCGUCCUGUCGUUAACCUGGGAAGCGGUUUCUGCCAUGCUAAAUUGCAUAUGCACACGAGGGAUUGCCAGCAAGCUCUGGUCUCUUAUUCAGUGGGCGCUCGUCACAGCGGCUGCUGCAACCGUCUUUGCCCUCAGUGUGGUUCCAUACACAUCCAUGGCUGGCAUGUCAGUCAGUAAAGUAUUGCCUGCAGUGCGAGACGCGUACAGCGCCGUAGAGAGGUACCAGCUGGUCGGGGCAUACGGCAUCCAGCACAGAAUGAUCUCUGCUGAGGGCAGGCCUGAGAUCGUUUUAGAGGGCAGCUAUGAUGGACUGACAUGGAAGGAAAUGAACUCAAUGUAUAAACCAGGAAAUGUGAAUGCAGUCCCACCCAUAAUAGGACCUCACCAGCCCAGACUGGAGUGGCUGAUGUGGCAGGCAGCUCAAGGGGGGGAUGAGACGAGCCCCUGGUUUACAGGUCUCUUACUGCGCCUCCUACAGGGCAAACCUGAGGUGGCUAGUCUACUUCAGGUGGAUGAAACGCAGUACCCCUUCAGUCACAAACCACCGGUCUUUAUCAAAGCCAAGCUUUAUAACUACCACUUCACAGAUCCUGCUAAAGACAAGACCCAUCUGCAGUCUUGGUGGAGGCGGCAAUACAAAAGGGAGUUUUUUCCCGUAGUGAACCUCGAUGACUCAACGCUUCAAAAACUAUUAGUGGAAGCUGGACUGAAGGAGAAAUUCCCAGUUGAACCCAGCUCUGACACACCUGUAUCCCAAGUUCUAAGCCUCAUUCGGGGCCACGUCAAAGGCCUUUCGGGGCCCCUUGUGCUUUCAACGCUGUUAGCCACUUUAGUAGGCAUCUUUCUCAUCAAAACAGUCUUCUCCUGGCUCUCAGGGGGCCGAAAACCUAAACCAGCUCCAGCUGAUUACAAAACUAGGAAACCCAAAGAGCCCUCCGAGACGGGCGAAAAAAGCCAAGCGGCAGCUCCGGCCAAUCGGGGCGGCAAGAAGGACUCGAAUGAAAGAAAGGACUCUCCCCGCAAGAGGAAAUGAACUCCUGCUGUCACUUUGUGCCUUUCUCUUCGGCCAUAUGCAAUGACAAAUGAUUCUCUCUCAGGUGUAACUGUUUUUUUUGUUUUUUUCUCUAAGAUCAAGUCUUUGAUUUCCUGCCUGUCACACACCUCAGAUUUGCCUGUUACCACUACACUGUUUUAUCGAUGUGUCAAAACCACUCAGUCAAAUGCACAAUACUUCAUGUAAUUGGCUUUAAACGUUAACAGAGUCCAUUUUUUUUUUUUAAGCUGUCACCUGCUACACCCUUCUUUAUACACGGUGGACAUCCCAAAGAUUAAAACGGAAGCACAAAUGCAAUUUUUUCAUGCUAUUUAACUCAUUAAAUGGUUGUUCAUAAAUUA